AUGAAGGGAGAUGCCAGGGAGCUAGAGGAGCGGCUGAUGGACAGCAGCAGCAGCUGCGCUGCAGCGCGCAGCGAGGGCUUGCUGGUGGCCCCGGAGGGCGAAGAUGCGCAGCAGCAGCAGCAGCAGCAGGAGCAGCAGCAGCAGCAGCUGCAGCUGCAGCGCAGCGUCAGCAGGGGCGAAGCAUUCUUCUUACGGGCUCUUAUGGUUGUCAAGAUUUGCUUCUUUGCUGCUGUUGCCCUCGUGCUGCUGCUGGCGCUGAGCCACAUCGACACAACAGCCACCAUAGUUAAGGAUCUCAUAGCGGGAGUUCAAGGGUUUGGUUAUUUUGCGCCUUUUGCGUACAUUGCGCUGUACGUGGUCUUCAUUGCUUUUUUCAUGCCAGCAGAGUUCAUGCACUUGGCCGCGGGCUUCAUCUUCUCGCGAAUAUACGGCGAAACCUUGGGCAUUGUGGUUGCUUUCUUCUGCUCCCUCUGCGGCGCGCUGCUCUCCGGCUUGUGCUGCUUCAUGAUCAGCCGCCACCUGCUUUUCGAUUUGCUGCACUCCUGGAUGAGCAGCAGCACUUUGUUCAGAGCUUUCGACUCUGCAGUGGAGGAGGGGGGGAUAACUUUCGUGGCCCUCAUCCGGCUUUCUCCCAUUUUGCCGUACUCCCUCACCAGUUAUUUGUUUGGAGUCACGGCGCUUAAGACUUCCCAUUUGCUGCUCGGCACUUUUUCGGGGACUCCUCUUAUUCUCGCGUUCAACUUCAUCGGCUCCGCUUUGAGCGAUCUGAAGGACCUGGAUGUUCGCACUUUCUCCUGGACGUGGCAGCGGUUGAGCCUGAUUGCCAUCGGAGUGCUGAUGGCAGCUGCGUCAAUGGCCUACAUUACUGUGCUGACGCGUCGGAAGCUGGAGGCGGCGUAUGCGAGCGCCUUGCAGGAGCGGAACCAGAGGUCGCAGUUGCUGCUGGCGAGCAGCCCUGCUGGCUUGGCUUGA